UAGAAGUCAUGGCGACGCUGUGCUUCAUUUUUCUGUUCUUUGUCUUCAGUAAAAGCCACGUGCUCAGUUCAUCUACACAGCAAUGGAUAAAGUAGACUUGAGAUGUGAAACAAACAAAUGGCAAAUAAGCACAGAGUCUGACAAACGGAUUGACCUGAACUGCUCACUGUGUGACCACAUCAGGAUUGAGCUUGUCGAGAAUUAUGAUAAACUGGAUUUUUGCACAAAUAAACAUUCACAGUCAGAGCCUGAUUGUACUCUAACAGUAAAGAGUGGAUUUUUCGCCUGUGUUAAAUCUCUGGAUCCUGGAUUCCUUUUUCCAUUCAAACCGUCUCCCAAUGCCAUCUAUUCAUACAUAGUUGCUGUUCCAAACCCAAACAGUGAGUAACUUUUCAUUCUCUGCAACUUCUUGAAUAAUCAGUAAAGUUAUUAUUAUUAUUUUUCUCCCUGCAGUAACAUCCACACCUGAGAGAACAUCUUCACUGAAAGUAACUGAAGGUGAAUCAGUGAGUUUAAACUGUAGUUUCACCUUCACACAAGAAUAUAAUGGGGUGUCCUUUGUUGUUUACUGGAUUAAGACUGUUGGACAGAGCAGCACCUGUGUGUAUUCUUAUGAUUUUUCCAUUUCUGAGCCGGUCGUGCUCGGUCACCACUGCAACGUGCAAGAAGAACUGCUUAACAGACUCUCAAACCAAACCAAAGAACCGAACAGUCACAAUAUCAGGAUCAGUGAAGUGAUGGAGUCAGACAGCGGUCAGUACCUCUGUGCUGUACAAGUGGACCCAAAUAAUAAAAACACUGCUAAAGGAAACUGGAAGGUGAUACAGAAAGUUACAGUCAGUGUUCAGAAAGACAAAAGACCACAGCCAACCAUGACCACUGUGACUCAGACAACAACUGAGGAAACAACAAAGAAAACAACUGGUGUUCACCCUCUCAUGCCUCUGUUUACUUCAUGGCCCAUAUGUUUGUGUCUUCUGCUUUCUGUUUGGAUUGCAUUUGCACUCAUGAUGAAAAAGGCCAGCACUGCACAAGGAUCUCAGGCUGUGCCGUUACAAAGCCUCCAAAACGGAGAAGCAGCUCCUGACAUUGAUGGUUCUCCAUAUGCUGUGGGAUGUGGUGAGGAGGGGAACUAGGAUCCAUGAGGAACCUGCCAAGAAGAUCUAGACCAUGAAGAAUCCACAACAUCUGUUGAUCUUCAUGCAGCUGCCAGGCUGAAUGAUGGAUCUGGAGCAUCAGAGGACACCAAACAAAUCCAUGAUAAAGAUUAUCUGUUGUUUUUAAAGGGAUGAAUUGUAACAAUAGUGUACAUAUAUAUUAAAUAGUCUCCCCUUUUAAUGAGAAAUCAUCAAGAAAUGUUCAGGAAUGUUUAUAAAUACUUCUUUCUGCUUCAUAUAAAUCUUCAUUCUAAUGUAUGAUAUCAAAAUA